AUGAAGAAAAGGUCUCCGCAACAGCCAGUGAGGCGCAGCACGAGGAUUCUUCAACGGACCUCACCGUACUUCUCCUCUAAGGAUGUCGAGCCUGAAGGGUCGACAUCCCACGCUCGCCCUAUCAAAAUCGCCACAGGCUCAGACGAAGCACACCUAGAACGUAGCGCCGCAAGGAAGGGGCGUGGUUCCAGAUCGAAGCGUCGGACAGGCUGCAAGAUCGAGCAGGCGAACGAUCCACCACUCCUUCCUGAAGUAGAACGAGUGCACGGGCUGGCUAGACAGGCCAAUUUCUAUGGCUUGAUCCAGGAGAUUGUGACGCCGAACGUGUUCCGGCUGCUUGUGGCAACAUGCCUUCUCAAUCAGACCAAAGGAAGGGCGGCGAUGCCCGUGUUCUGGGAGUUGCUCAAACGAUGGCCCGACGAGCACAGUCUGGCGAGAGCCAACAUUGUCGAGCUGACCGACUUGCUCCAACCCAUCGGACUCCACAACAUUCGUGCAAGACGACUGGUCAGCAUGGCUCAGACCAUGGUCGAGAUCCCCUACAACGAGAGCAAUCUGUUCAAAAGUCGAGACAGGACGGCACCGGAUUCACCGAUCGGUAUCUAUCCCGGAGUAGGACGUUACGCAAUCGACAGCUGGAGGAUCUUUGUGGCGGGCGGGGGCGCUAGCGUCGGAUUGCGAGGUGCGAAACCGGUAAGUCCGUUCGACACUGUGUCAGUGGAAGCUGAAGCUUCCGGAACGCAGCUCGCCCCUGCUCUGCCAUCGAUGUCACGAAAUGUAGAGGCCAUGGAGGCCGAAUGGAAGACGGUCAUGCCGCUCGACAAGGAGCUUCGAGCAUACCUCGUUUGGCGGUGGGCCAAGGAAGGAAAGGUGUGGGAUCCUGUGCGCGGCGUCGCGUCAACAUCAAGAGGCUCACAUUGA